GGAAUCUCCUUUACUUCAUUAUAUAUCCAAACCAAUAAUAUUUUGGAUUUGAUGGCACAUGCACUCUCACAAAUUUAAUAAAGGUGGAGGUGGUGUGUGAUCAUCCUUUUAUUUUAUUUUAUUUUAUUUUUUAUAAGUGAUAAUAUUACUUACGGGGAGGGGUUUCUCUCUUACAUAUACAAUCAAGAUGUUAUGGGGGUUUGAACCUGAGACCUCUAAUAAGUAAGUGAAGACCCCUUUCCACUUAACUAGGUCCCAUUGACGUGUGAUCAUCCAAUUUCAUAUAUAAGAUUUGAUACAAUUUUAUUUCUUUUUUAAUAUGCUAGCACUCGACGCACACACGAUGCAAUUUUUUUAAAGAAGAAAUUUAAUUGAGGAGAAAAUUCUAAAUUGGGACCUAUGUUAUGUUUCAAUAUUAGAAGAAAAAAAAAAGUCACAUAUUUGUAUAAAAGGAUUCUUACAGAAUGUCUGUUUAUAUUAUUUUCUCAUCUAAAAAAAGAAAAUAUUGGCGGAAGAAAAGUUCAGCAUUUGAUGUGUAUGUAUAUAUAUAUAACCUAUAUGAAACAAACCAAGAUCCUAUGGCAUGAAGCACCCCGUUUGAGUUGACCAUAUCUAGAGAUUUUUAAACGUAGCAUAUGCAAUCCAAAUUCUGAAUUCCUAUAAAUACAUGGAAAAGCCUUUCCACAAGACCCAAACCAGAGCUUCUAUACAUAUACUCCAAUCUAAACGACAACGUGUUCACUAAUCACCAAUGGCUUCCUUCCAAAUCUCCAACUCGGAAACCCAAAUUCCUGCCCAGCUUCUCAUAGCUCGCAUUACACAACUUCAUUCAAGCAUUUCCAAACUUGACUCUCUUCGACCUUCAAAGCAAGUCAAUGCCCUCUUCUCUCAGCUGGUCAAAUUAUGCAUUCUUCCAUGUGACAUAGAUAUCAUGGACUUGUCCAAAGAAGCCCAAGUUAUGCGUGAGAGUCUCAUGAAUCUUUGUGGCCGAGCCGAGGGCUUUUUGGAGCUUGAAUUCGCCACACUCCUUGUGAGUGUUCCUCAACCUCUAAACAAUCUCAAUCUCUUCCCUUAUUACAGUAACUAUGUCCUCCUGGCCAACUUAGAGCACAAGAUUCUCCUCGACAAUGGGUUGGUGCAUCCACACAAGGUAGCCUUUGUUGGGUCGGGGCCGAUGCCUCUCACUUCCAUGAUAAUGGCUACUCAUCACAUGAAAUCCACUAAUUUUGACAACUUUGACAUUGAUGAGAAGGCGAACGAUGUAGCUCGAAAAAUUGUUGCUUCAGACGCUGAGCUAGCAAAGAGGAUGAAGUUUGAGACACAUGAUGUAAUGAAACUUAGAGAGAGGCUUGGAGAAUAUGACUGCAUAUUUUUGGCUGCCUUGGUGGGCAUGAAAAAGGAAGAGAAGAUAAAGAUUCUUGGGCAUAUUGGGAAGUACAUGAAGGAGGGAAGCGUUUUGCUUGUGAGGAGUGCAAAAGGGGCAAGAGCAUUUUUGUACCCUGUUGUUGAGGAGCAUGACUUGCUGGGAUUUGAGCUUCUUACAAUCUUCCAUCCAAAUAAUGAAGUUGUCAACUCGGUUGUUCUUGUGCGCAAGCCUACCUUCUAGGUUAUCUUCUGUUUGGAAAUUACCGGUGUGUGUGAUGAUGUCUUUCUGUUUUCUACGUGUUGACAAUAAAUUGAGAGCUUACUUCCUCUUGUUCUGUUGGUUUUUGUAAACAAGGGCGUGCUAGCUCUUAUAUAUAUAUGAAGAAACAAGUGAUCUUAGUACAAAUUACAUUCUCAUCCUAA